GUCAACAGGAAAUGUGGGAAGCGUCCUUGGAGAUGGUGUUAGUAGUGUAACUUUCUCAUCUUUUUGCACACUGCGUACAAAAUGCACAUGUUAAGUAAGAGACAACCAAUCGAUAUUGCAGCAGGGGGUUGUUAGAAAGCCGUGAAAAGUUUGGAAGUAACCAUGACUGCAGCUGCUCUCAUAGGAGACCAGGUGAUCCUCGAGGAGGACUACGAUGAGAACUAUAUACCCUCUGAACAAGAAAUCCAAGAGUAUGCAAGAGAAAUCGGCAUUGAUCCCGACAAUGAGCCUGAGCUUCUGUGGCUAGCCAGGGAGGGCAUUGUAGCCCCUCUCCCUCCUGAAUGGAAGCCUUGCCAGGAUGUGACAGGUGACAUUUACUAUUUCAACUUCUCCACGGGCCAGUCCACCUGGGACCACCCCUGUGACGAGCACUACCGUCGACUGGUGGCUCAAGAGCGUGAGCGUGGACAGCUCACGGCCACUGCUGGAGGACCAAGUGCAAAAAAGGACAAGGACAAGAAGAAGAAAAAAGAGAAAAAGGAGAAGAGAGAAAAGAAGAAGAAGGAGCUAGUAAAGACAGCUGGAGCUCUGAGCUCUACUGUUGGACAUUUGCCAUCCCCGCUUGGUGGCUUGGGUCCUCUGAGAGGUCUAGAUGCACCUAGUCUGGGCCCUCUCCCUGGACCUGCCCCUGCUCUUCGGAGGUCCCUUGGUACCUCUGGAGGACUGGAGCCACUCAGAGCAUCUCUAGGGGGUCCUCGGAGCAGUGGGGCGUCCAGUGUUUUAGGCAGCCGCCAGGAGGAAAGAGUAUCACUUACCCUGCCUGGCUUUGAUGAUGAGGAGGAUGAUGAUGAAGAUGAUAAUAUUGAUGAGGCUAAAAUCUCAGAAAAUGAGCCCAGUCCUCGUGGUUCAGACAGACUACUAAAGAACCUCCACCUGGACUUGGAUGCUCUUGGAGGAGGCCUACAGUAUGAGGACAGUGAAGGCAGUGGUGGAGCCCCGGCUGAGGAGAGGACAGAGCCAGAGCUACAGGACUUGGCUGUGUCUGGAGACCACAGCCCUGAGCCACAAUCCCGACAGGACUCUUUGAAGGGACGGCACCUCCAUUUGUCUACUCUGGUGGGCAUCAGAGACUGUGUCAGUGAGGACAAGGGGGUACCUAUCACACCUGAAACUGAACUGUGCGCUCAAGAGCCAGAACAGGAGGUAGAGGAGGAAUUGCAUGAAGCGAUGGAGAAUGAAUUUGAGAAUAAAGAGCCGGACAGCAAUGAAGUAGGAGGGGAAGCAGAGGAGGAACAAAGCCAGGAGAAAGAAGGACAUGAGUCAGUGGAUGAGGAACCAGAUGAGAGAAAAAGCAAGCUUGAGAGGGAUGAGAUGGAAGAAGAGCAGGAAGAAAGGGAAGGGGAUGAACUGAGUAGGAAAGAGAAGGAGGAUGAAGGUAGUGAUGGCAUUAAACAGGAGCGCUAUGAAAGUGAGGAAGAAGGAGAAGAAGGUGGGGAAAAAAUUGAGAACAAUGAGAAACAGGAAAGCGUUGAUGACGGAGAUGAAAAAGUAGAACAGCGCUUUCAAAGUCAGGAUGAUGUGACCAAAGGUGGAGGGGAUGACACUGAGCGCAUUAAGGCUGUCGGAGGUUGUAUGGAGGAGAAAGAAGAUAUCCAAGAAGAGGCAGGAGAACAGGGAUCAGAGGAGGAUAGUGAUGGAGGUGUGGAAAAAGUGAGUAGCUUCAAAAGUGAGAAAGACGGAGGAAGCGAGGGAGAGGAGAUGGAAAAUCAAAAUGAAAAAGAGAGAGAUGAGGAAAGUGAUGAAGGAGCGCGGAGACAGGAAAGUGAGGAAGAGGAGGCGGAGGUAAAUGGUAAAGCGGGACAAAAGCAGCAGGGUGUAGCGAGUGAGAGUGUGGAGGAGGUGUUAGAGAGGUGCGUCCUGAGUGGAGGUGACGAAUCAGAUGCCUGUAAGCCCCACACAUCAUCAGAGAGUGACGGGGAAGUCAUCGAGGUUUUUGAGACGAAAACGGCUCAACCGGCAAAGGCAGGCCAGAAGACGAUGCUAAGUGACCAAAAGAGAGAAACUAUUGCUGGCAAGAUGAAGAAUGUGACAAAACAAUGCCCCCGUCCGGCAGAGCUGUCGGAGAAGGUCUUAGGCGCCAAUGACCUGUCUGGUACUAUCAGCCCACUGGAGAAUGAUGACAUAGAGGAAGAACAAGAAGACGAGAGAGAGGCAGAGGGAAACGCAACAAAAACAGAAGUUGCCAAAAGACAUAAACAUGAUGGAGACGAAAACCAGGCCGUGGCUCCAAAAGUUGACCGGCUUGUCCUGCACCAGUCCAGUCCUUCACCCACCCUCUCAAGCCCCUCCCACUCUGAUCAGGUGGAUGGACUCUAUCCAAAAGCCAAGGGGCUCAGUGCGACUCUGGGGCUACAGAGGCCAGAAACAUCCAGAGGUCGACUAGUGCGCUCAUUCAACAUUCAACUUGAAUUACCCAUCAUAAGCAAUGAGAGCCCACUGGAAGAGAAGUCAGGGUGGAGAACUGGAAAAAAACAGGAAAAGAAAGAGGAAGAGGAGUGGAAGAGUGUGGAGAGAGAGGAAAGCUUUAUGAGAGAAAUGAAGGAGGAAGUAGAGAGGGAGAGUCAAAAAGCUGAUCGAGAGAUGAAGGAGGAGAGGGAGCAAAUGAUGAAGGAGAAGGACAAGAGGAUGCAUGUGAUCCAGGAGGAUCUGAGGAGAGAAGAAGAGGAUGAGGAGAGGAGGCUGAAAAAGGAGAGUGAAGAAAGACUGAGGACUCUGCGUCAGUCACUCAUGACUAAGAGGAGGGAGGAGGAAACCAGGUUGAAUGAGGAGACCAAAAAGAUGUUGGAGGAGCUACGAGAAUCUGUGCAGAAGGAGAGGGAGACGGAGCAGCACAAGAUUAGGCAAGAGAGCGAAGCCAUGCUCAAGAAGUUACAAAACACACUCGAGGAAGAGACAGCAGCUCAGAGAGAUAAACUAGAAACCCGCAAGAAGCAGGAUGUUGAACGUCUUAAGACUGAGUUGGAUGAAGACUUGGAAGCAGUGCGAAGGAGAAUCCAUGAUGAGAGGGAAGAGAAACUGAGCUCUCUCAGACAAGAGGUCAAAAACAUGGAGUGGAGGAGGGACCUGAUGAGUCCACGACCUGAACAGCAGCUGGCGGAGUACCACAGAGAGCUGAGUGAUGUGCUCCAGGAAGUGCGUGAGGAAGUACAGCGCGAUCAUGAGAGGAAGCUGGACCAGCUAAAGGAAGACCACAGGAGAGAGAUGAACAGCAUCAGGGAGAAAUACCGCGAUGAGGAAAACGCUCAGAGGGAGCACUUGCUUUCAACUCUGCAGGAGGAAAGGGAGCGUCUCCAGGCAUCACAUGAUGUCCAAGUAGAGAAACUCCACUUACAGCUCAGUGCACAGAUAGAGAAAAUGCAGCUGACACACACACGCAAGGAGUCAGAACUACAGGAUCUGUCAGAUCAACUGGAGCUGACAGCCAAAAACCUGAAGUGCCAAGAGGCCUUACUGAACUCGAAGGCAGCAGAUUUGACGAGGAGGAGAAAAAAACUUGGGGAUGAUGAGGAGGAGGUGGACAGACAAUUAGAGGCUUUACCACGGUUGAUUCAGGAGAGAGACCUGAUGAACAAAGAGUUGGAGAGGAUGAAAGAGGAGAAACAUCAUCUCCUCCAGAGAAUGAGAGAGGUGAGUAGUGAAGCUAAAGAGGAGGAGGAGAGGCUGAGGAACGAGAGGGACAAAGCCAGAGAAGAGUGCAGAAGGGCAAAGGAGGACAAGGAGCGACUGGAGAACAAGGUGCAGCUGCUACAGCAGAGAUGUGAGCAGCUCAGGCACAGAGUCAGUGAACUGGAACAAGCUGAAGGUGGAACUACCUCCUCUAGACCACAGCCUAAACAAGACAAGAAGAAGACAGGGAAAGCAGAGGUGACAGCACCCUCCAGUGACAGGAGGGAUUCACUGCUACGUUUAGAGGACCUCGAGGACCCACCACUGUCUCCUGUACCCGACAGCAACAGCAGCAUGGACGAGUUUCCAAGGUACAUCUCGUCACAUCGCGUUUCGAUCCAGAAGACCAAACUCUUCCUGGAGAGGGAGAACAGGAAGUUGAUGGAGAGCGAGGCAGCUCUGCGGGCGGUCCAGACCAGCUCUAUCCAGGAACCUGGUCAGGAAGGAGGGAUGUCUGAGGAGAUGAUGAGGAACCUCCAGCAGGAGGCCAGAAAUGUGGCUGAGUUACAGCGGACAGUUCAGAGAGGAAGCUCUGUCCUGCGGAAGAAAGAGGAGCAACUACAGCAGUUAGAGACCUCUAUAGCUGAAGAACCUCUGUUUGAGGAUUUGUCACGUUUGGCAGGUGAGAGGAAGGUGACCUUUGAUGUGACUGAGUCAGACCUCAGCAGCACUGCAGACCCUCCUGAUGGGACAGCAGAUCUUCCCACCGUCCGAGUGGCCGAGUCCCUGCAGCAGAUCUCAGGCCACGUCAACACAAUCCUGAGCGCGUUGGGUUCGCUGGCCCAGACGCAGAACAGCGCACCUUACCCAUCAUUCCCCCCACCUCCGUUUCAGCCACUGUCCACCACCCCUGCUCCCACCUCUUCCAGCUUCACUCCUGCUCCUACCUCCUCCAGCUUCACCCCUGCUUCCAUCCAGCCUCAGGUCCACAGCUUGUUAGCCACAGCUCCUCAAGUAGAGCCAUCAUGGAACUGGGUGCCACAGGGGGGGGUCUCUGCCACAGCACCCCUGUUCAGCACCCCCAUCCCCACUGGACUGAGGACCUCUGACGAUGUCAUGAACAGCCGAUGGAGCCAGAUUUUUCCUGGAGCAGCCAUGGGCCCAGUCGCCUCCAGCACCUUGAGGACCACCUCGGCCUACUCACCUUACACAGCUGUCAGUGAACAGGGGCGGGGCGUGAGAUCAAUGCCAAAAUCAGUGGAAAUGGAUGGACAAAGGCUUCAGCGGCUGAUUGACAGCAACAAGAGGUGGCUGGAGAUGCGCAUGAAAGACACCAGCAUACCUCUGUUAACUCGCUAUCGUCCUCCUGCAACCAAGAGCGGCUUAGUCCAGCUGGGCCUGGAUGAUAACAACCAGAUCAGAGUCUUUCAUUACUGAGGCCGUGGCGCUCAGUCCAGGACAAAACUGCACGGCGCCGUCACCGAGGACUUUGGAGCAGGGACGGCUGACAGAGCCGUGGUGUGGUUUACACACAGGGCCUCGCCUGAGAGUCCUGGACCAAGAUUUUCAGGGAAAGUCCGGAAACUUUGUUCCACUGUGACUUUUGUACUCCAACGUUACACAUGGCUGCAGGUUACUGUUUAUGUUUACAUGUUAGAGCUCCUGCCACACUUGGGCCAAAACUGUUUAUAUUUUUUUUUUAAGGUUUAGUAUCUCAACCAGGAGGGAGUCACUUCCUGAGAUAAAAAAGUAAAGACAAUCACAGACCAGUAUUUUACCUGAAGGUCUACUUAAAGUCAGACCAGGACUCAUCUGAUUUUUCUGGGUGUCAACUCGAGCCAGGAACAAUGGUCCCUUUUACAUGUCAUUAGCCUCAUAGCAUAAUUAUAUAAUUAAUAUGAGUCAUACACUAUAUGGACAAAAGUAUUGGGACACAUUGAAUUCAGGUGUUUCUUCUC